AUGAAUGAAAAUCCGAAUGAUUUUGAUUUUGUGACUAUAAAUGAAGAACCGGAAGAUUUUCUUAUAAGUAAAGAACCAGAACAUACACAUUUUAUGAAUAAAAAAUCAAACAAUCUUGUUAUAAAUGAAGAAGCCAUAAAUUCCUUUGACUCCGAAUCUGAGACAGACUUAAUAGAGAGUCGUGAUGAUGAAUUAUUUCAAAAUGAAGCCGAACCACCAUCUUUAUUUUCUGGAAAAAGAUUUGAUACAUGGGAAGCAUGCGAAUUAGUCCUUCGUCGAAGGACUUAUUUAUGUGAUCACAGUGGCUUUUACGAAUCAAAUAUAGAAAAGAAUACAAACACAAAAAAGAUGCAGUGUCCUUUUCAUAUUAAUGUAUCUUGCCUUAAAGUUAACAAUAUAGAGAGUUCUAUAUUAAUUAACAAAAUAGAAGAUAGUCAUAAUCAUUUAUUAGACCAAGGCAGAAUCAUGUUUGAAGAUAGGAAACAAUUUACUGCUGAGAUGCUAGCUGAUGUAAAAUUUAUGACUGAAAAUUGUAAAUUUGAAGCUACUAUACAAAGAAAGUUCCUAGAAAACAAGUAUCCAACACAAACAAUCUGUUCCAAGGACUUGUAUUCUGCAAUACAAAAAUUUCACUCUACUAACAAAUCAUUGCUUAAUGAUGUAGCAAGG